AUGGCCUUAUCCAUGCAGAUCUCUGUGCAUCGCACGGGUCUGCAGGCACAGCAUAUUGAAGGGCACGAGGCAGCGCUUCGGACGGCGCUGCUGCCUACCAUUGUUCGGGGGACCGACGUCGGAAGAGCGAUGCUUCGGCCUCUCCCAGUGGAGAUCUGGUUGCUAAUCGUCGAUGAGCUCUGCGCAGCACGCGAAUACGAUGCGUUGGAAGAGUGCGCAUGGUCCAGCAGAGGCUUGCUCAGGGAGACAGCGUGGAGGUACAUUCCAAAGGAAAUGGCAUUUAGGACGCGGGAGGAGGUUUUGAGCUUCAAUCUGAAGCAGCGCUGGCAGGGACCAGGCGAAGUGCACAUCGAGGGAGGACUGCGUGAUGGGACGCUAAAGAUCGAGAGAGCGGAGUGGCGGGUGGACGACUUCCAUCUGCGUUCCCUCUUUCUUGAUUUGGGCUGCUUCCCCAUCACCGACCUUCACCUCUAUGACGUCACAUUCCCUUCGGUCCUGACGUUUUGGCGCCUCGUCUGCACCUUCCCUGAAUUGAAACUGCUUUACCUCGAUGGUGUCAAGAUCGUGGAGACUGCCGUCGAUGCCCGGACGCUCUCCGCCUUGCGCCUGCUGUCUGCUCCGAGCCUGACAAAGGUUAUGCCCGGUUUGGAUCCACGCCCAGCAACGGACUCGGCUGGGCUGCUUCACGUGUUUUUGGCGCAAACUGUGCCACCCCUCGAGGCAUCUCCAUGGCGAAAUAUCAGGUUUCUGGACUUGUGGGAUGUGACGCUUCCGACGGCUGCUGCCUUUGGACGCUUGCUUUGUGCCCUUCCCACCCUCAUUGCACUCGAGAUCAAAGGGCCAUGCACGUUCUCGGGACAUGGCUUGAACCCCACAGAUGUCACUCCGCACCCUGGCAUCCUAUCGAGAUUCAGAAGUAUAAGGUUGGGCAAGGACUUCUCCCUAUGCUCUGAUCCCCAGUCUGUGCGUGACCUCGUCGAUGUCCUCAUUCAAUCUGGUGCUAGUCGUCACCUCGAUCAUAUCACUGCUUGGCUGUCCACGUCCUUACAUGUAGCGACGGGCAUAAAUGCCCCCUUUAAUAGGCUCGUCAAGGAUGCUGGCGAAUCACUGCUGUCACUCGACCUCCGAGUACUCCCACAAGACAGCUUACCGCUGCUCAACGAGGCAUCCACAUAUGCAGCUGCGAGAACAGCCUGUUGCUUUGAUAUUUCGGCGAAUACACAUCUCUCGUCCCUUGUCUGUCCAGUCGAUAUCACCCAUGAGGGCAGUUCAUGGCUUGCUCUUCUACUAGAGCUUCUUCGCCAGGUCACAUCCCAGCCAGCACGCAUUUUUUGGAUCGAAGUGGCCUUUAACGUCAAGGAUGAUGCAGACCUUGCCGAGUUGUGGCCUGACCUCCCCUCUCUCGAUGCUGCUCUCUCCGAAACGUCAUUUGACAAACUUAGACAUGUCCGGAUCAUUUUUCAUAAUGCGAAUGAAUCGAUAGAUAUCUCCCGGGCGGCAGCUAUGGCGGACGCAUGCUUACCAAAGCUGGCUGCACGGGGUAUUGGGCAGAUUUGGGAGGGUCAUAAACGUCAUGUCCGGGCCAUUAGUGGGGAAUUUCCAUCAGAUGAAGACGCAGACAAAGACAAAGACGAGGAUGAAGAUAAAGACAAAGACGAAGAUGAAGAUGACGAGGACAAAUUCUAG